CGUUCUUGAAACGUCACGACAGUGAUCAUGACCGGUACAUGCGCAGAACAGAUGACAGAAUAUUAGGAUAACCUUUUGACGGCGCUAUAUAAUCAUACUGAUAAGAAGAGGAAAAUUACUUUUGAUUCCAACGAAUCGUAGAGCAAUUAUGAGAGUUCUACUUUGCCUUACAGUUAUUGUGGCCAUGGUGGCGGCGGAUAAUUUCGAACUGGACCUAAACCAGGAUACGGUCGUCUUGAAACAGGGGACCACUUGUUACUUCUGGAGGUUAAACAAGCAUGAGCUUGAAUCUGUUCAAAGCCCUACAGGGAUUUACGAAAUAGAGGCAAAAUACCACCACCUACUCAGUGCUCAUACUCAUUUUGGAGAUUUGGCUGAUAUGAGUAUUUAUUCAACAGCGGUCCAAAGCAUGUGCGCAGGCACCACACUUAAAACAUACAGUCAUCACUAGAUAAGGAAAUGAAAUAAAUCUUGAAUGGUA